UGUAUUUGUCAUUUCAAAAAAGUCAAUUCCGUAAUUUUUAAUUCAUUCAUUUGUGGCGUCUCUUUGAUCCAAAAAUUGAAAUUGCAACGCGGCACUGUUGAUUUAUUUUAAUAGUUAAUAUUUAAAUCAAAAUUUUAGACAAAAAUGACAGCAGUAGCGUUCAAAGUGAAAAGCAAGAAUGGUCAACAAGUUAUAAAAGAUUUGACCUCUGAUAGUACUGUUGGUGAACUAAAAACGUUUCUGUCUAGCAUUUCGGAUGUUAGCUUCGAGAGGAUUUGUGUGUUGUGUGGCUAUCCACCGAAACCCCUGGAUAUCAGUGACAAUAAUAAGAAAAUAAGUGAAAUAGGUCUGAAAACUGGCGAAACCCUAAUAGUUGAGGAGAAGGCUGGAGUGGCACCUCCACAGGCUGAGAAGUCUCCUGUAAAGAUCGAGAAAAAACCAGUGGAGAAUGGCGUAGGCUCUCAUGAGACUAUUGAGUCAUGUAGACCUGGCAUUUUGAUGAAGAAAGUUGUCCCUUCAGACAACUCAUGUCUUUUUACAAGUAUAGGUUUUGUAUUAAAUGGCAAUGUAGAUACAACGGUACACACACUCAUGCGACAGAUCAUUGCGAUGGAGGUGGCCAGCGACUUAGACACAUACAACGAAGCGAUGCUUGGGAAGCCAAACGCCGAGUACUGCGCCUGGAUUCAACAGCCGAGCUCAUGGGGAGGAGCUAUUGAGGUAGCAAUCCUAUCACGUUUCUACGGACUGGAAAUGGCUGUGGUGGAUACUUUAAAUGCAAUAAUAAAUAGAUUCGGUGAAGAUAAAAACUAUGGACAAAGAGUAUUUCUACUCUUCGAUGGAGUUCACUACGAUCCUUUAUAUUUAGAACAAUCUGAUGGAGGAAUCAAAACAGUUUUUCCUGCUGAAGAUAUGGAUGUUUACCAUGAAGCUGAACAACUAGCCCAUGAAGCGAAAUCAUCUAGACAAUUCACCGAUUUAAACAAGUUUACUCUAAAGUGUAUGAUCUGUGACAAGUUCUUGACUGGACAAGUUGAAGCCCAAAAGCACGCUAAAGAAACCAUGCAUACAUCUUUCGGAGAAGUCUAGCAUUUAAUUUAUAAACAUGUUAUUAUGUUUCUAGUUACAUUUUCUUGAGUUGUGUCCAUUUACGUUUGGUAGCGAUUGCACAUAGAACUAAUUUUGUCAGAAAUAAAUAUAUUAAUGUUGUUAAUGAUGAAUAAUUAUUAUGUUGUACAAUUUAAAGUAUAGAACUAAUAUAAAAAAUAUUUUUCAUACAACCUAGCUUAUUUAAGACAGUGAAAUUAUGGGUUUACCAAAUAAGAUUUUGAUAUAAAUGAAAUAGAUUUUAGAAUGCAAAGUAGUUAGUUUCUUGGGCAUUAGUGACUUGUGGAGUAGAGACAAGUAUCGCAAUUGACACUGCCUUAAUAGUAAAAAGUAUUGGUAUCAUUUGGUCACAAUUUUCGUACACUUACAUGUGUAAGUUACUUAAAGUCAAGGCCGUUAAUUGAUAAGCCUCGUCGCUCGAAUAUAAAAUUAUGUUAGUUAUAUGAAAACGUCGUGAGUUUAGAAGAUGUUUUCAUAGGAUUACUAAUGUUUGGCCAAAAAACUUUUCCCAAAUUAUCACAUCGCAAACAACGUUUCGCAAAUUUUCAUUUGGCAAAUUCUCAUUUGGCAAAACAACUUAUAGCAAACUUUUAAUUCGCAAAUGCCGUUUUUGGCAUAUUGUUGUUUAGCAAAUUAUUGUUUGGCAAAGUAUGUUUUGGCAAAUGUUUCAUUUGGCAAAAAUAUUUCACGAUACACUAUUUACAAAAUAAUUUGAUUGGUGCAUAGAAUGGAAUACAAAUUAACUUGUGGUUAUUAUUUUGUUUAGUGGGUAGUUAAUAUAAAAUUUGUUCUAAAUUAAUUUUCAUAUUUCAUUCUUUUUAUCGAAAUUUCCAAAUGAUUCAUUAACAAUAGAGGUGAUUCUAGCGCUCGGCGGCCGCUGCCGCGGCACGCUUCGCUCGCCUUCGCGCGUUAAGGGUCACUGUUCUAACCUAACCUAACCUACUAUUUUAUGCAAUACCUACUUUCUGCAACCAUACUGUUUUCUGCAAUCUCUUUGUUUUACAUAAAAUUCUUGUGAAAACCAUGAUCAUCUGCCUUAUGGUUUGAUUUGUGGGUAACGGUGGGUGAAGUAUGUGAAGUGCAAUUUUACCAAACAAAUUAUUUGGGAUAUAAUAUUUGGCAAAAUAAAACAUUUGCCAAGUAAUAUUUGGCCAAAUGAUAAUUUGACCAAAUGAAUUAGUUGCGAAAAGUACAGUUGCUAAAAGUUCAUUUGGAAAAUGAAACUUUGGCGAUAAGUUGUUUGCGAAGUGAAAUUUGGCGAAAAGUAAUUUGGCCAAACGGAAGGAUACCGUUUUCAUAGUAUUUGGCACUAUGAGGCAUAAAGUUUGGCUAUUGUAGUAAAACCACGUAUUGACUCAGAAGCGUGUCUUGCGUGAAUUUAAAACGGCGUAGAUAAACACCCAAAGCUUAUGGCAAAAUUGGGAUUGAUAAUUGGUAACAGAUGUAAUAGAACUGUUUUAUAGCAAUAAAAUGCGUGUCGUCGUUGAAGUGACAAUAUAACUAACAUUCUUUAACAAAUCGAUUAUACAAACUUGAAAUUCGAUUUCGCGUAGACUAAUCUUCUGAUAUUUCCUACGUAUUUUUUAUCGCUUUUUCUUCUCCUGUAAAAUAACAGUUGGGAUGUAUUGUCACUAAACGACGAUAUUUAGUUAUUAUUAAUUUAACAUAUUUGGUUGUACCACAGAAUUCAAUGUGGAUUGGUCAUGACAAAAAACAGUUCCUACUAGUUUGAGAAAAAUCUCAUAGGCUAAAUUGUUGCAAUAAUAAUUACAAGUAAAAUUUGUAAUGUGUGACUGACAUUUUAAUCCAUAAUUUGUUGUUCUCUACGUUUCAUGGUUAUCUGAGUUAAAUAAGAACAUGACUACAUUGUUUUUCUAAUUUUUCAAAAUGUUUUUGUCAACCAUUUUGAUCAAGCUUGUAGCUUUUUGGUGAUACUCAUAUUGUCAUAAAUUAUUUAAUUAAAACUGCGUUUCUACAAACAGAUCUAUUAUUUAAUGUUCUUUUGAUCCUAUUAGUUCUGACCUUAUUUUUGUUGAGUGUAUUCGAUUUUAAACCUUACGCACACCUGACAUAAAACCGCGUAUAUUUUUUGAAUCUGUACAUGGGUGGACACAACAUCAAGAUGUUAGCGAAUACAGUAGUUAAUUCUUAUUUUUAAACAAACCAUGGGUACCUUUUAACAGCCAAGUUUAUGGACUGGCAGAAGGUAUCAUAGAAUAAUACCUACUUUUAUUAUUAUGUAGUGUUUUUGAAGAAUGGACUAUUAAUACCUAAAAUCGACUAAGACGUGCCUGUGAAUUGGAUUUUAUUAUGUACAGUUGACAAUAUGACGUUGUAGAUAUCCAAUAUAGUCUAUAUUUUAAGAUAGUGAAAUUAUACAAGUUGUGUGUUGUCGUAUUCUUCAAAAACUCUAUUUAUUGUUUAUUUCUCACGUCCAUUAUAUACGAGUUAAUUUUAACAGUUAAUUUUUAACACCCUUCGUUCGUUUUGAUGUAAUAAUUUAUUUAUUGUCUUGUAUAAACGCUCAAUGUAAUCUAAUGUCACCAAAGUAGUGUUGUGUUAACUACAUUACGUUUACCGCACAGUUAAGUCAAAUAAAACUCUUUUGAGCUUUGAAUUUUA